CAUGUGAUCAGCUGUGUCCAAUCACAGCUGAUCACUGACAGCUUGAGAGGAGAGGAGAGCCGGUAAUCGUCAUUCCUCGGAGGGGACAUGUACAGAGAUCAUCAGGGCACUGAUGAUCAGUGUGCCCUGAUGAUCUGUGUAGCCCCAGCAGUGCCACCUGUCAGUGUCCAUCAGUGCUAGCUCUCAGUGCUCAUCCAUGCCACCUGCCAGUGCCACAUCAAUGCCACAUAUCAGUGCCCAUCUGAGCUGCCUUUCAGUGUCACCCAUCAGUGCCAGUCAGUGCCACCUAUCAGUGCUGCCAAUCAGUGACACCUAUCAGUGCCAGUCAGUG